UGCCACCAUCAUAUUUAUAUGGCUGUGUUUUUGGCUUACCACCAUAUGCCACCUCAAUAGUGAAAGGUGGCAUAACUAUUGAUAACCUGACACAAGAUGACAAUUCUGGCAUGGUUGUCCAAUUGGAUAACUUGACUGGGAUGCGGAUGAUUUUAUAAUUAUGUAACACAUUAAAGUUAGUUUUGAACUACAUUCAUCAAAUUCUAAGCUGAGUUCCCGACUGUUGAGUCUCGAGGAGCUAUGUAGACGAGUUUCAACAUAGAGAGAUUCUUAGAUAUCAGAAUAGGUGAUUGGUCCUCAUUGUCCUAGACCAAAUGGUGGCAAAUAUUAAUUGCAUGAUUGAUUAUCUAUUUUCCUUUUUGAAUAUGUAAUGCAAAUAUUAAUAUUAAAGCUGUUUGGAAACUCCUCUGAAUCAUUCAUUUUCUUUCUCUCCCUCUUCAUUAUGGGCAUGGAUUUGUGAACAUGACUAAUCAUGGAAGUCCAAAGACUAAUGGGUAUAGUUCACAUUUGUAUUAAUUUUACUGGCAUCUUAUAUAAAGAUGGAGUCAUAAUUCAGACAAAGUUGGUGUAGUUUGAUAAACUGAGCUCAUGUGAUUAUGGACACAGUUCACAUUUCUGUUAAUUUUAAUGGCCAUCUUAUAAAAGUGCAGAGUUAAUUCAGACAAAGUUGUUUUAGUUUGAGAAGUUGAGCUCAUGCCAUUGAUUUACUUGACUAUUCUAUAUGCAAGGCAAAAUAAUCCAUAAAAGCAUGCUGAUGACUACUUGCAGUAUUAUUCUGUUCCAAAAACCUUGAACCCAAGUGUAUGCAUUAGAAUCGAGGCAUUGAAUAACUUGCACAGGAAUGCAGCUGAUUGAGUUUACGGAAGCUUUGAGGGACCAAUAGAAAGUUUAACAGAGAGCUGCACAAUGGGUCAUUUGGGUGUUUCUCACCAAGUCAAGUUCAUUGGUCAGCAUAAGGACAAUGGAAGUAAACUUUCUUCCAGUAUUCCUAAGGUGGAGGAAUCAAAUGAUAAAGAAAAUAUCACUAAAGGUGAACCUAUCUUCAUGCCAAAAUUUAAAAAAAGAAAACGCCUUAGCCUAAAUCGUCUUAGAGAGAUUAAAGCGGAUAUGUGUGCCAGUACAAGGAAAAGUAGCAGCAGCAUGCCUGAAACAAAGAGUGAAAACAGAGCUAGGUGGUCAACUAAGAGGUAUAUGUUGGCUGAGCAAAGCAUGUGGGAGGUCUUAAAAGGUGAAGGUGCAACGUUUGAAAAUCCAAUUACGCGACCUGCAUUAAGAAUGGCUGUCCGUAAACACAUCGGUGAUACUGGACUAUUAGACCACUUACUGAAGCACAUUGAUGGUAGAUUGGCACCUGGAGGCACUGAGCGAUUCCGACGACGUUUCAACACCAAGGGAAUCAUGGAGUAUUGGUCCGAGAGUGCUAAUUUGGAUGAAAUCCAGCAGGAGACUGGGAUGCAAGACCCUUACCAGAUACAACCGUCUAAAUUAAGGGCAGGAAGUGUUCCUAUGCAGAAUGUUGAUUCUAUUGAUGAACUGAAAAUGCUCAAAAUAGAAAUGGCCCAGAUUAAGAGGGACAUGCAGGAGCUCAUUGCAAAAAAGAAAGUAAAGAGGGAAAGGUGUUUGUUGGAGGAGACACAGAAAAGUUUUGUGAAUUGGAAAGCCAUGACUGAGGAGCGUGUAACUGAGAUUCUGACUUCUUUGAAGGGUGUGCAGGGCAUGAAUGAAGACCUUCUGAUUUGGAAAACUAAAGUUGAGCAACAGCCUAUGGAAAUAGCCAAUAAAUUGAGUGAUGUGCGAACAUUGAGAGAACUCACCACUUCAAAUUAUCUUCCGGUAAGCUGGGAGGAUUGGCUAGAAAGCACCAACCUAGACAAUAUUCAUGGAAAUGAAUUUUCUCCAUGGUUUGGGAAUCCUGAGCUGCUUGAUGUUCCACAAGAGAUUGUACUUCAAGAGCCGAACUCAGCCCUACCAAUUCAGCUGCAAAGUGUAGAACCGACUAACAUGAAGAGUGGUUCCCUUAUUUCCCCCACUUUUGAUUACAGCAAUUUGCAAGAUUUGGUGCCAAAGAAGAUCGGUGAAGAUCAACCUAAUGUGAUCCCUGAUUCUUCUAGGGCUGUUAAUUCUAAGUCAGACCUUGACAAUUCGUUGAUAUUGUGUCAGGAAAUGUUCUUGGAAUUAUUUACAUCGAGGGAUAAAAUGGAGCAACAGUUAUUGGAGAUAUCAAAUACUGUAUAUGGCAUGCUGACAUCGGAAUAGACUUUGCAUCAAAUCAAAGUACGGAACCUAAUUUCAGGAUUAUAAAUUUUAACCAUUUUCUUUUGUUACUCUCAGUGUAGGGUUUAGAUAUUGUACAGCUUUAACAAUCUAAUGGUGAAGGAAAAUCCUUUUCCCAACCAUAAAUAGAAGCCUCAUCUGAAUCUCACCCACAGUAAGCUGCAAAUUGUUGAUAUUUUUCCCUGGCCUUUCACAGUACAGUCAAUCGGUAGGACUGUUAUUUCAAAUGACAGUUUUUUAGUUUUGUUAAGUAAAUUAAGCUCCUCUUGGUAGCUCUUCUGGUAGGCUUUAAUGUAACUUUUUUUGGCUCGAGUACUCAUGAAAACAUGUACUUAAACCUUAUUUGAGGAUAAGUUGCUAUAUGUAGAAUUUCUGCAGUAUAGUUAAUCUGAUACGGUGGAUUAUGUAAUUAUAUAACCA